CGCGGUUUGUCACCAGCUGAUCAUAUCUACAGAGAGUGUUUACCUGGCUCCGGUGAAUUUUCAGGAGUUCAAUCGGUUCAUUAAUUACGAAAAGUAUAUUCAGAAAGGAUUAUUCGAUUUUCGUUAAUUAAUAUCGGCGGAACAGCGAGUGGAACUGGUGGGUGCUCAAGAAUGUUGUCAAGAAAAUUUUGUGUUUCACAGAUUAAAAAAAUAUAUAUUUAAAAUCAUGGACAAACGCAAACAGAAUCGAUUCAAUGGUCUAUCUGAAGAAGAAGUGAAGAAAAGUACCCUUCAGGACUAUCUAGAACCUGACCUGGAUCUGGUCUUCUUGGGAAUAAAUCCCAGUCUUAUGGCAGCUUACAAGGGAAGAUAUUACGCAGGUCCUGGGAAUCACUUCUACAAACUUCUUCACGCCUCAGAAUUAGUCCCCAGGUUCAUAAAUUUCGAGGAAGACUGUAAUCUUCUGCAGCACAAAAUAGGCCUGACCAAUAUUGUUGCGAGGGCCACGAGAUCCUCAGCGGAUUUAUCGACAGCAGAAAUCCGAAAGGGAUGUGCUGUCGUCGUAGAAAAGAUGAAACACUUCAAACCGAAAAUUGCUAUUUUCAAUGGAAAAUGUAUUUAUCAGGUUUUCGGGGAGAAUUUCAAGAGAACUGAUUUUCAUUUUGGACUACAGUCUGAGAAAAUAGGAAAUACAGCUGUAUGGGUCGUUCCCUCGAGCAGUGCUCGGUGCUCAAACUUCCCUAGGAUGGAAGAUAAACUUCACUUUUAUCGAGCCCUCAAGAGACACCUCAUGUACUUGAAAGGAGAGAUCGCUGACGUCGAUUUAAAUGAAUUUAUUUUUAAAUGCCAGAGUAAACCGAAACUAUCGAAAAAUGUUUUUGUGGUGAAAGAGAUUCUCGAGGGACCUUCGAAACAUGAACGUAACGUAUCAAGUUACAAGACAGUAGAUUCUCAUGAAGAGGAGAAUUCAGAAGAAGGUCGUGAAGUGAAGCCAACCAGGAACACGAACAAUGAUGAUAUGGCAUGCCAAUUAAAAUUAUGUAACGGAAAAUCAAAUUUUAUGGAUUUAAUAAAACGUAGACUGUCGGAAAAACAGGAGAAUCCAAUUGUAAAUGACUCAAAUUCUCCGAAACCUGGGAAAAAAUUGAAGUAUUCAAAUUUGAAGCUGAGGAAAAGUUAGGGGAUUUCUAAUGUAUUGUGAUCCCUUAAUAUAUUGUUUUGUUAAUUAUACACUAUUUGAUAAAUAAAUAAUUUUUUUAUUC